CCUCAUUUUAAGACACCAAAUCCAAAAUCUACUUAAGUAACCUCGUCUCCUGAAGUACUAGGUUUAGAGAAGAAAUAUGGAAGUAGCUCGGGUGCUUCACAUGAACAAGGGGUCAGGGGACACUAGUUAUGCUAAAAAUUCAACAGUUCAGAGCAAAAUACUGUCGAUAGCAAAGCCAAUGAUGGAUGAAGGCAUACUAAAGAUUGUUGAGAAAAGUCCUGAGAGCAUGGGAAUAGCAGACUUGGGGUGCUCAGCAGGACCAAACUGUUUGGGUGUGAUUAUGGAGAUUGUGGAUGUUAUACACGCCAGAUGCUGCACCCUAAGCCAGUUUUCCCCUGAGUUAAGAUUGUUCUUAAACGAUCUCUUUAACAAUGAUUUCAACAACAUAUUUGCUUCUUUGCCAACUUUCUACAACCAAAUCAGAAAAGAGAAGGGUUCUCAUUUUGGACCCUGUUAUAUCUCUGCCGUUCCUGGUUCUUUCUACGGCAGAUUGUUCCCAACAAACUCUCUCCAUUUCAUUCACUCUUCCUCCAGUCUUCACUGGCUUUCUCAGGUUCCAAAGGGUUUGAACAGUAAUAAUGAGAGUGGAGUAGAGGUCAUAAACAAGGGAAAGCUAUACUUGUCAAAGAGUAGCUCAGAGUGUGUGGUUGAGGCCUAUUUGGAUCAGUUCGAAAAGGACUUUGGUGUGUUUUUGAGUUCACGUGCGGAGGAACUUGUGACCAAUGGUCGCAUGGUGUUGUCAUUCAUGGGCCGUACGUCACCCGACCCCACCGCCGACGAAAGCUGCUAUCAAUGGGAGCUCUUAGCCACUGCUUUGAUGGCCAUGGUUUCUGAGGGUUUAAUAGAAGAGGAAAAGGUCGACAGCUUCAACGCACCGUAUUACGCACCAUGUCCUGAAGAGAUAAAGAAAGUGGUAGAAAAAGAAGGGUCUUUCGUUUUGGAGAAUGUGGAAGCUUUUCCAGUGGACUGGGAUGGCGGGGCAGUAGAUUAUGAUCAUCACCAAUAUACCACGGUUGCCGAGCUGUCUAGGGCCAGAGGCCAACGAGUGGCCAAGACCAUUAGAGCUGUUGUUGAGUCAAUGCUGGGUGACCAUUUUGGUACUCAUAUUUUGGACGACUUGUUUAACAGAUACCAACACAUCGUUGCUCAUUAUUUAUCACACGCUUCCACAAAGUACAUCAAUUUGGUUCUUUCUCUUAGGAGAAAGGAAAAAUCAACUACUACAACAGUAGCUGCCAACCAAUAAUUAUAUGUUAAGAUAUUUGUCAACCUACCUACCUAGCUAUAUAUAGUAGCUAUAAUAUGAUGAUAUAAAUAAGAGAAAUGCAAGAAUUAAUGAACCAGUGUACCUAGUACCUUUUUAUAUGUUAAUAUCGUUAUUGGUCUACUUAAGUAUCAGAUUCCAUAUAGUUUAAUGUAAUAAUUUUUAAAGAGUAUCGCUAACCAAUCGCAAAGCGAUAUACCUAAAGGUAUUAAGCACCACUGGUGCUCAUAGCAAUGCUCAUAAAUAUAAAUAAAAUGUACUAAGAUGUAUUGUGGACUAUC